AUGGGGAUGAUUAAAUACUUUGAAGCGGGAGGCAAGAUCACUAGAGGAUGUAAUUCUUCUUUUAUAUCCUUAGCAGCCAAGACGAAAGAUCCACUUUAUUUUUGUGACUUUAGACCAAUCAGCCUAAUUGGUUCCAUAUACAAGAUCAUUGCAAAACUAUUGGCUCUUCGAUUAAAGAAAGUCAUUGGUGGUGUAAUUGAUGAGGUCCAGUCCGCUUAUGUUGAAGGAAGAAAUAUACUAGAAGGUCCUUUGGUGGUUAAUGAGCUUUGUUCGUGGGCAAAAUCAAAAGGAAGAAAGAUGCUUCUGUUUAAAGCAGAUUUUAACAAAGCUUUUGACUCAGUGAAUUGGGUAUAUCUGGACUCAAUUAUGAAUCAGAUGGGUUUUGGAAAUAAAUCGAGAUAUUGGAUUCGUAACUGUCUGGAAUCGGGUCGAGCAUCGGUGAUUAUUAAUGGCAGCCCAACGAAUGAAUUCUCAAUAACUAAAGGAGUUAGACAGGGCGACCCGCUUUCGCCCUUCUUAAUCAUCAUCGCGAUGGAAGGGCUGAAUGUGGCGAUGAAAACGGCGGUUGAGAAAGGAGUCUUUGACGGAGUAAAAUUCCCUAACUCUAACAUUUGUUUGUCUCAUUUAUUUUAUGCAGACGAUGCUUUAUUCAUUGGUGAAUGGUCGAGACGCAACAUUGCCAAUGUAUCGAGAAUCUUAAAAUGCUUUUACGUUUCAUCCGGGCUGAAAGCUAGCUUUAGCAAGUCCAGAGUGUUUGGUAUAGGUGUAUCUCUUAGUGAAGUCUCGAACUGUAGUGCCUUACUACUUGCGAAAGACGUUCUUAACAAGAAGAUUGUUCUUAACAAAAAUAUCACCUUCACCUGUGAAUCUUGGGUUGCUUCCAAGUAUGAUAACCCCGACAAGAGAAUCUUCUUCAGCGACAAGUCUUAUCUUCCAUCCGAAACGCCGGAAGGCUUAAAGUCGUUGAGAGAGAAAGAUAUGGAAUCUCUUCGAGGAAAUGGCCAAGGAGACCGUAAAUCUUCUGAUAGGAUUUACGAUUAUGAUGUUUACGACGACCUUGGAGCACCGGAUCUGAGCUUAAGUUUAGCUCGGCCGGUGCUCGGCGGCAACGAUCAUCCUUACCCUAGGCGGUGUCGUACUGGUCGGCCCCUGUCUACAAAAGAUCCAUUAUCGGAGACGAGAACUUUGCUCCCGUUUUAUGUCCCUAGCGAUGAAGAUUUCUCAGAGAUAAAGGAGGUGAAUUUUGGAGCGAGGGCAUUGUACUCUGUACUCCAUGCAGUUGUACCCACUUUAGACGCUAUUAUUACAGACAAAGACAAAGGCUUUCCUUUAUUCAGGACCAUAGAUAUGCUCUACGAUCAAGGUGUUAAUGUUCCUGCUCCUGACAAUGGACUUAAAACUGUUUUGCCUAGACUUGUCAAAGGCGCUGUUGAUACCGUAGAUGCCGUGAUCCAGUUCGAGACCCCUGCAACCAUCGAUCGUGACACAUUCUCAUGGUUUCGUGAUGAGGAAUUUUGUCGACAAAUGCUUGCGGGUCUCAAUCCAUAUACCAUACAGUUGGUGACGGAGUGGCCAUUGACGAGUAAACUGGACCCUCAAGUUUAUGGGCCACAGGAAUCAGGUAUCACCAAGGAGAUCGUGGAGCAAGAAAUAAAAGGUUUCAUGACUCUUGAGCAGGCUUUGGCUGAAAAGAAACUGUUCAUGUUGGAUUACAAUGAUCUACUACUUCCAUACGUCAACAAAACAAGAGAGCUUAAUGGGACAACUCUUUAUGGUUCAAGAACUUUAAUGUUUCUUACUCCCACCGGAACAUUGAGGCCACUAGCCAUUGAGUUGACCCGACCACCAUCCGACGACAAACCACAGUGGAAGCAUGUGUACACUCCUGCCUGGGAUGCCACUGGAGCUUGGCUAUGGAAGAUGGCGAAGGCUCAAGUCCUCUCUCAUGAUUCUGCUUAUCACCAACUUGUCAGCCAUUGGCUAAGAACUCAUUGUGUGAUGGAGCCUUACAUAAUUGCUACCAACCGUCAUCUUAGCCAAAUGCAUCCAAUCCGACGGCUACUCCUUCCUCAUUUACGAUACACCAUGCAGAUCAAUGCUUUAGCUCGUCUUGCUCUCAUUAACGCUGGUGGUAUCAUAGAGUCGACAUUCUCUCCUGGGAAAUAUUCCAUGCAAAUUUGCUCCGACGCAUAUGAUCAGCUAUGGCGUUUUGAUCAGGAGUCGCUUCCAGCUGACCUAAUUAGCAGGGGCUUGGCCGUUGAAGAUCCAAAUUCACCACAUGGUCUGAAACUAACGAUCGAGGACUACCCAUAUGCAAAUGACGGUUUACUCCUUUGGGAUGCGAUCAAACAAUGGGCUACGUCUUACGUCAACCACUACUACCCAAAAGCGAAUCUAAUAGAAUCUGAUGUAGAGCUUAGACAAUGGUGGGAUGAAAUUCGAACAGUUGGGCAUGGAGAUAAGAAAGACGAACCAUGGUGGCCACAACUCAAAACCCAAGAAGAUUUGAUCGGAAUCGUUUCAACGAUCAUGUGGGUGGGCUCCGGCCACCAUUCAGCUGUCAACUUCGGACAAUAUGAUUUCGCGGGUUACUUCCCGAACAGGCCAACGAUGGCUAGAACCAAGAUGCCUAACGAAGACCCAACAGAAGAAGAGUGGCAAUCGUUCAUUAAAAGGCCUGAAGAUGCUUUGUUGAAAUGUUUCCCUUCGCAAAUCCAAGCUACACAAGUCAUGUCUGUCCUUGAUGUUCUAUCAAGUCAUUCACCAGACGAGGAGUAUAUCGGUGGAUAUAUAGAGCCGGCAUGGGCAGCGGAGCCGGCUAUCAAGGCGGCGUUUGAAGAGUUUCGGGGAAGUUUGGAAAAGUUGGAGGGAAUCAUAAACUCGAGGAACGUCAAUCCCAAAUUUCACAACCGAAGUGGUGCAGGAUUAGUUCCGUACCAGCUUCUCAAGCCAUUUUCCGGUCCCGGGGUAACCGGAAGAGGUGUUCCGAACAGCAUCUCCAUCUAGUUCCGUACGUUGUCUUCCACAAUAAAGGUUUUCGAGAUCUAUGGUCUGAUGGGUCUUUGUGAUAAUAAGCUUAUAAUCUGUAGUUUUUGUUUGUUUUAUUGCGAUUUCAAAUAAAUUCAUGUUGUGGUAAAA